CAGCAUAUUUACUGCCACUUUAUCUUGUGUGCCCGGUGCCACAGACUCCCUCUUCCCUGGGGUCCUUACACCAUGCUGCCGCUGGUGCUGCUGCUGCCGCUGGUCCUGCUGCUGCCGCUGGUCCUGCCGCUGCUGGCGCUGCCCGUCUCCCAGGGGGAGGAUGAGGGAAAGGUUGCGCUGCAGGGGGAGGUUAAUGUGCUGGUGUAUGGGACCCUUCAACUGGGGCAGGCACUGUCGGACACCUACUCCUCCACUACUAACAAACUCCAAAGGUUGAAGAGCCGGCACAGCAGGCAGGAGCACCAUCUGCAGAGGCUGGGGGAGCAGAGCAGCAGAGCAUGGAGUGAAGAGCAAAGGCUCCGCAGAGAGGUGCAGAGACUCCAGGGGGAGGAGCAUGAGAUACAGAUGUUCUCCAACCAGAUAGAGAGUGAGUUAUGGCAGCUCCAGAAAGGAUACCGAGAGCUCCAGGAGAGGGUGCAGCACCUGGAAGAGGGAGUGGGCAAGGCAAAGGCAGGGGAGGCUGCAGCGCUGAAGGUGCAGACUGAACGUCAGAAUCUCAUUCUUCAGGUUGUGAUAGAAGCGGUGACACAGCAGCAAGCACAAAUGGCCAAGCAAAGGCAGCAGCUUAGUCACAUUCUCACAAAGGUCUGUUCUAAACAUUCACACUGACCCUGAUGACCCAUCUGCUUCACAACAGAUUCACUGUGGCCACUGUGUAUGAAGAUUCACCAUAUUGUGACUUACACAAUACAAACAGGACUGAUGUGCUCUGCGCGGAGUUACAGACCCUUGCUUGUAAUAUCACACUUGAAACAGGCGGCAGUAACUGCCAGUACAGCUGAAGGAGACGUGACACAGGCCGACAUUCAUUAAAACGCACAAAUAAACUUUUAAUAUUGCAACAAAUUUAA